GCAGCGGCGCGGGGCGUCCCCGGGACCGGGCGGGAUGAGCGCGGCAGAGGCCGACCGCUGGGCGUGGCUGCUGGUGCUCAGCUUCGUGUUCGGCUGCAAUGUCCUUCGGAUCCUCCUGCCGUCCUUGUCGUCCUUUAUGUCCAGGGCCCUGCAGAAGGAUGCGGAGCAGGAGUCGCAGAUGCGAGCCGAGAUCCAGGACAUGAAGCAGGAGCUGUCCACAGUCAACAUGAUGGACGAGUUUGCCCGGUACGCCCGGCUGGAGAGGAAGAUCAACAAGAUGACGGAUAAACUCAAAACUCACGUGAAAGCACGGACAGCUCAGCUAGCCAAGAUAAAAUGGGUUAUCAGCGUUGCUUUCCACAUACUGCAGGCUGCCCUGAUGGUCUCGCUCAUUUGGAAGUAUUACUCCGUGCCCGUGGCUGUCGUGCCCAGGAAGUGGAUAACCCCGCUUGACCGUCUGGUGGCUUUCCCUACCAGGGUGGCAGGUAAGACGGCUCUGAGCGCGCCCAGAGGCUGGAAGGGCUUCUGCGGACAAGUGUGGUGGAGGCCCAGGGGCCUGUGUCCGGCUGUGCUUUGAGGUGGCGCCUCCACGAGGCCUGCUGUGAGGAAACCGGGGCCAGGAGGAGUCCCCUCCUUUGUCCUGUGUCGGCACAGGGCUGGGGGGCACAGCUGUGGCCUAGUCCCUGGUCUGCCCUGGAGCCCAGUGCUUGGAGUCCUCGGCCAUGGACUGGCAGUGUGUCUCUCCUGCCCUCGUCCGGUUAUAGAGGGCCUCGUCGUGGCAUCCUGCUGUUGGCAGGGACACCCCUCUCUCUUUUAGACAUUAAGAGUAGUAGCACCUGUUUUUGUAGAAUGAUUAAAAAUAAAAAUACAGGCAUGAUUUUGCGAAAGCCCCAGCAGCUGUGGAUAAUUCCCCUUAAAGAGGUAUUUUUCCUAGCUGUAUUCCCCACCUGUUUUAACUACAGUUAAGGCCGGCUGGCACACAGCGUUUUAUGCGCGUGCUGAGUGUCACCUUGUGAGCUUUUCCCUGUGCGUCUGUCUGGGUUGCCAUAGGACAAAAUCCCACCAGUUAUCGUGCAAACAGAAGGAUUCAUUUCUUGCAGAAGUGGAGUCUGGAAGUGCAGGCUGAGGGUGCUGGCAGCUGUCAUGUGUGGUGACACGAUUCUCGGGCUUCUGGGGAGCAGCUUGCUGUGUUCUGGGGCGCUGGCCUGGGGCC